UAACAACCUGUACUCGUCAUAUCUGCAUAAUUCUUAGACCUACUCCAAUCAAUUAAAAGCAUAAACAAUCAUUAUGUUUAUUUUGUGUAGUUAUUCCUACUCCCCUCUUCCCUUUCAUAUAUAUAUAGCUUCUUCAACCAAAGCCAAGACCAGAGCAACCUUUCUUGUUCUAUUGCCAUUCUGCAUCCUACAUUCACUCUAACUACUUCAUAGCCGAAGAAUGACAAUGUUGAAGAUGUUCAUAAAAUUGGGUUUUGCAGCCAUGCUUGUUGAAUUGGCUAUGGCAGCAAACUACACAGUUGGAGGUCCAAAUAGUGGAUGGGAUACAGGCUCUAAUGUGCAAACAUGGGCAUCCUCCCGGUCAUUUGCAGUGGGAGAUAAUCUGAUUUUCCAGUACUCAGCAAACCACGAUGUUGUUGAAGUUUCAAAGCAAAACUAUGACUCCUGUCAGGCAAGCAGCGCAAUUAACAGCCAUUCUGAUGGCAACACAGUCAUUGCUCUAUCAUCUCCAGGCAAGAGGUACUUCAUUUGUGGAACACCAGGCCAUUGCAGCUCAGGAAUGAAAGUUGAGAUUGACACUCUUGCAACUGCCACACCAACACCAUCACCAGCUUCUCCUGCAAAUCCCCCAUCGGCGGCUACUCCGGUAACUCCCACUGCUUCCCCGGCUCCAGAAACCUCCCCUACCUCAGUCGCUCCGAAUCUCUCCCCUGCUCCAGAAACCUCGACAUCCCUCCCUGAUGUUCCUGUGACUGUUACUCCUGCAACCUCUCCUUCUUCACCAGUUUCUCCUCCACCUCCCUCAUCAGGUGCCAGAGAUAGUUUCAGAGUCAAUCUCACAACCGGCAUGGGUGGCGUUGUACUGAUGAUGACGCUUCUUGCAUUCUAGGCACUGAAAGAAUCAAUACAGUAACAGGCUGUAUUAAGUUUGAUUUAUUCAAGUGAUGAGCAUAAUUUUCCUGUAUUUAUUUUUCUUAUCCCUGGUGCAUUCGAGGAAUGAAUUCAUGAAAAUACAAUUUGUUGCUGCUUUAAAGUGA